AUGAGGAAAAUCAUCGGGAUAGGGCUGGACCGAAGCCCCUUCAUCCCCGGCAUUCGAGAUGAACCUAAGCCCCGAGACUUCGAUUUCUCUAAAGAAUUCAAGCCGUAUUCAGGAGAUACGGAUGUCUCCCAAUGGCUGCAAGGAUAUGUUCAAGUCAUGAGAAUCCGAAACGCAAACAUGAACUUCAUGGCAAAGGCGCUGCCUUCCUACUUAUCCGGAUCAGCACAGCGGUGGUUUGGGCAACUACCAGAAGGAAGCGUCACUAGCUUUGAAGAUUUAUCCGUCAAACUAGCUACUCGUUUCUUCCACAGCAAACGGAUAUUGGGGAUGUCCAUCGACCUUUCUUCGAUCAGACAAGGACAGCAUGAGAGUCUAACUGACUUUCACAGACGAUUCAUACAAGAGACCUUGCGAGUCGACAACAUUGACGAUCGAGACGUUUGCAACGGAUUCAUCCAAGGUCUCAACCCCUUCGGAAAAUCCUCAAUGUUGCGAGUUAAGCUCUCGACAAAACCCCCUAGGAAUGCACAGGAGAUGUGGGCUAUUGUCGAGAACCAUAUACAGCGAGAACACACGCUCAAAAGGUCCCAAGAAUCCUUCGCCUCGGUAGGCCCCAAAGAAAAACCAAAAAUCCCCCAGGAAGGCAGGCCGGCACUGCCCAAGAUGGAUAGGCAAUUAACGCCCUUAACCAAGCUCCGACGAGAAAUCCUCCAGAUCCAUAGGGACGAACUACCGACUCCGAAACCCUUGGCCCCUAAUCCAAAUAGAUCAACUGAACAAUACUGUGAGUAUCAUAAAGAUCACGGCCACGACAUGGAGGAUUGUCGAGAGCUCAAGCGUGAAAUCGAGAACGGGGUCAAAUCUGGGAAAUUUCAUCAAUAUGUGCAGGGAACAGCUUCCCGACAGAAGAAUAACAGACCCCAAUCACGAGAUCACCCAAAAAGAAAUUUCAGAGGCCCUCCACGGCGAGAUGGCCGAGGAAAUAAUUGGCAACCAAAAAUCAAUGCCCACCACAGCAGCAUUAUCCCGUCGCUGAACCAACGCCACAGCCAUUGCAGCAACUCCCCCUGA